AUGGAAAACGAGCCUGUGCCAAAGCGGCGGCGUACAGCCUCUCCGCCGCUUGUCCAAGAUUCAAACAGCAGCUUACAUCCUCCAAUACUACCGCAAGAUGAAAAACUGCCCGGCGGAGCAGACGACAAAGCAUACCAGCAGCAUCUGGAGCGAGCCUUUGCCGACCCCCGCUUCCGUGCGACGCUUGCCCAGAUAUUCAACAAGUAUGACGGAAAGUCUGCAGAGACAGCUGAGGCUAUUGACCCGGCGCUUUGCACGAUACCGGCAGGAGACAUCAAUCUAGUCGACCCGACGAUCAAUGCACAGCUUGGUACCCUGGCGCACCCCGACAGCUUGCCAUACCACUUGGAUACGCAGCAGUGCGACCCUAGGGAAGAUGAGGCUGGUACUGUCAAUUAUCAAGUUGACCAGACGAAUGAAACACCUGUUACUUAUGCUCCUGACACUGCCCCUCCUGCGUACAUGCCUGCCGUUGCUGGUAGCAUACACUCGGGGUUCGUGCAAAAUUGGUAUGGCAAUCCUUUCCCAGGCUCGGGACCCUAUGCACCACCGUGGGAUGGCUUUUCUGGCCAAUUUCCAGUACCAAAUGGUGCUCCGAUGCCCCCGGGCCCUUGGAUCGCGCCCGAAAAUUUGACAUACGGCCCAGCGACCUGGCCACCACAAGGAAUGCAGCCGGCGUCGAAUAUACCGACUCUCCAAUUGGAUCCCGCAUUAAUGCCGUCGCAUUUCACACUUGGGUAUGAGAGCACGGAUAACUGUCCACCAGAGAUGGAGAUUACCUACGAUGCUUUGGGUCGCAAACGACGACGUAGGCCCCCGCAACCACGAUUUUCCAAGAACGGCAAACGAUUGGGCCGACCACCUAAGCCUAGCGAUGUCCCAGGCGCUCCUACCGGUGAUGUUAGCGUUCCCGAUGGUGAUGCCGGUGUUCCUAGUGGUGAUACUGGUGCCUAUGACGGUGGGGGCGAGGACAACGGUGGACUACCUGACCUGGAAAACCCUGCUGGCGAAUUCGGCGACGAGGAUGACGAUACGCUCUGGGGAGAAUUGGCUGAAGCAUUGAAGCUGGCGUCGAACGCAACGUCGAAAAAGAGAAACCGGGAUGGCACCAAACCGGCAUCAAAAGGGGAAAAUUCCGGGACCGAGUCGGACGGGGCAGCCGAGCGGGACAGAGAUGCUAGCAAGGCCGAAACCAUGCUGCGAAAGAUACAAAAGGAGCUCAUCGACAGAGCUGUUCGUCGCUCUACAGCGGCCAAAGAACAUGGUGAUGAACUUGAUGUUAGCGCUGAAGGCCGUAGACGAUCAGGACGUGAACGAAAACCAGCCAACUUCGGCGAGCAAGUGUCAUGGGAAAAAGUCUCCGCAGAGCGACGCACCAGCUACAAGAUAAAGAUGCAUUUGCGAGCAUUGUCGGUGCAAGCGCGACGGGAACGGAAAAAGAAGGAAAAGGAGGAGGCUGAAGAGGCAGCAAAGGAGAAGGAAGCGGCCGAAAAGGCGAAGAAAGAGAAGCAACAAGCAGAAGAACUCGCAGCAGCGGCCGCUGAGAAAGCUACUGCGGAAGAAUCGAGCGAGGAGAUUCCAUCCACAAUUCCUGAUUCUCAGGACAGUGUGACAAGCCUCCCAAUUCGAACUACGCCGAAAAAGCCACAGUCAACCCAGAUCAUGCGCCAAACCAUGAAGAAUCAUGUCAACAGCGUGGUACAUUUUGAAGAAGAUGACGAAGGGAUAUCAGACGAUCAAGCACCCGCGGCUUUUUCAAUCAAAAACCCUGUGUUUUCAUAUAAGAAGCCGGAAGUACAGGUGCAUAAUUUUCUGGGCGAGAACUACAUUGAUACAGUCUAUGCCCUUUCUGACGAUGAAGCGCCGGCGCUGCUCAGUGCCUUGAAGCGUGUAUCUAUAGGCGGGAAGAAGAAGCCGCCGCAGGUUCCAGUAGCUGUUGUCCGACGCAGUAAAGCAGUCUCCGUGUCAAAGCAGUCGGCCUCGAAGGUUGCUGAACAGACGGCUACUGCUAAACUGGUAGACUGCCAUGGGAGUAAAGAAGUCACCCCGAGCAAUUGCACCGACACAAACGUGCCACUAGAUGAUACCACGGGUAUGACAGAAGCUGUAUCUGUACCACCCUGCAAGACUACAGAACCCGAUGAGGCAGGGAGACCAUCUUUGCCCACCGGUGGAGAUGGUGAUGACAGCGGAAUUGAUGUCCGAAGCGAGCAAGCGUCUAGUGAACAAGCGACCAACGAGCCAGCAGAAAGACAACCAGUGGGCAGUAUUUCUGUACCUGCGGAGCCCCCCUUCCAAGACGAUAAUCUACUUGGAGCCGCAGAUAUACUAGACAGCCUCGACGUAAUGUCGGAAGUCGAAGAUGCUCCCUCAAGCCCCAUCAGCCAGUAUGACUUUGCAAAGGAGGACACUCACAUUAACAACAUGGUCGCUGCAUCUGCCAACAGUGAGCUAGUACCCUCACCGUCAAUCGUGCCUGAGCAGCCAAUCUUUGUCGAUGAAGAGCCCAUGUAUGAAAGCAUGGACAUUUUUGAAGAUGUUGCAGCAGACAUACCACUUACGGGCGAAGAGACGGAGAUGGAGUACACUCAAACCGUGGAGCCUACAACGAAGGUGCCUGAACAGAGCGCUCAAAAGGACAGGCCCGUUGAAAAAGAGCCCGAGCAAGUGCCAGUCAUGAUGAAAUACGAGUUCACCAAAGCUGUCUUUGUCAGAGAAGAGCCCAACAAGUUUGACAUUGACACAGAGGAGAACACUCGUUCAUAUCAGUCGAACCACGUCCCCGUAUCGCCGGCACCGCGACGUCCGCUGCCACAACAGAGCAAGUCGAAGCGGCACGACAAUAGGAAGUCGCUCACUUCUUUGACAUCGAUGACGUCUACCCCAAAUGCGACCUCGAAGGAGUCAUCGCCCUCUAGUAUAGGAGAACGAUCGAGGCUGCCAUCAUCAAGCUCGUCACGGACACCGGCUCCAGUGUCUGGAACAAAGAGUGCCAGACAUGGCUCUUCGUCCUCGAGACGUUCUCUCUUAUCCCUUGUUGGCGGAGGUGAAGACGACAUUGAGACUCUCAUCAAGAAGAAACCGACCACGCCCGCGCCGAAACAGGCUUCCGCCGUCACGCCCGCACACUAUUCCUCGAAAUCGAAAACGCACCGCUCAUCCUCCUACGGCAGCAGCUCGUCUCGCCGAAAAUCAAAACAACCCUCCUCCUCCUCCUCCUCUUCCCUGACACGCUUGAGCCUAGGCGCCCUGUCGUCGUUCUCGCGAGACAAGUCCAAGUCUAGCAGAGAUCGCCAGGAAGCAAAAGAACGCAGGCGCAAAUCGGCAAGCGCGGCACCACCCAGCGUAGACGCUUCGGCGGAACAAAAGGGCACGUGCGGCGUUGAUGGGUAUACGUGUGGACGCGACUUUUGUUUCACCUGUUUAUAA